AUGGCAAACCCGGCACAGCUCCAGCCUGCAGCGCCUCCUGCGGCGCCUACGCUGACUGAAGACAUGCUGCGCAAGAGGUUCCUUGACUUUGACAAUACCGAGGUCUAUGAAGACGUCAAGGUGCAUGGCGCGAACGAGCACGCCCGGAACUUUGUCGUCCAGUUUGGGCCGCAGAAGGCCGAGAUCGCCACGGACCUGGACGCCAGCGAGAUCGAGUUCUACAUUGACAAGGCUCGCUCACGCGAGGAGGACCCGCCUAUCCGCUGGAUUAAUAUCUGGAACCCUGGAAAGCAAAUGGAGGCCGUAAGCCUCUUGGCAGAUAGAUAUGGCUUCUCCGCACGCCUGAAGAUGAGCAUCGUGAUGUGGGACAUGAUGAAAGACAACCGUCCCAAGGCACCCGAACCAACACACCGGCUUGGUAGACCGUCUUUCUCAAGAAGUCGGCGAGACUUGGAGCAGGGUGCAAAUGGCGCUGUCCAGCAACCUGAACAGAAAGAACAGAACAAGAUGGCGGAGAUGCUGAUGAGCCGUACAACGGAGGAAGACGCGGCAACGUUUCAUCUCAUGCAGAGUUCCCUCAACUAUACUUCCAUCGAUCCAGACCAAGCUUUCAUCUGCCUUGGAGCAAACUGGCUGCACCAGCGGCCGAAGUUCACGGCCAAGGGUCACGAGAAGAAGGAAGGAAGCCUUGUCCCACCCAAGCACUGGUCCUGGUUCGUUCUCUGCAAUGAUAAUACUGUCAUAUCCUUCCACGAAGCUGCCACCUACGACGCGGUACCUGAAGGCGAAAGCAUUCAUCAGUGGCGAAAAGACGAGCUCAAAUACAUGAGAUCAAACACCCUCAAAGUCCUCAAACAGCUGUCCAAAAACGCUUCACAGAAAGAGAAGAUCGCCUUCACCCAGCUCAGCAACGUCCGCUUCUCUCUGCGGGACGACGCCGAUAACCCGGCGGCGCUCGGGGUCGAAGGAUCGAGCAACCUGUUCUACUAUCUAUUCGAGGACUACUCGGCGGCUGUAGAUAUUGUCAACAGCUCCAAGAAGACCUUGGAAUCUCUGAGGAAGGUCGUCCUCAGUGACCAUCAGCGACAGCAUGAUACCAAGGGGAUCAUCAACAAGAUCUAUACCCUGAAGCGAGAACUGUCCCAGCUCAAGCAGCUCUUCGCGAGCUACAAGACCCUCAUCGAGCGACUCUUGGCCGAGUUUGACCUCAACGGCGAUGCCAAAGGAGACGGCAACAGAGGAGAUGCCAAGGGGAGACUGUCAAAGAAGGCUAGAGACCGCUUCGAACGGCUCAAGGACCGCAUCCAGUCUCUGAUGCUCGACGCCAUCCAAGAGGCCCUCGGCGAGCAGCAAUCUCUGCAAGAAACUUGGUUCAACCUCACCCGCGAGCGCGACUCCCGCGCCACCGCCCGCCUGACCCGCAGCGCCACCCUGCUCGCCAAGCUGUCCGUCCUCUUCCUGCCCGUGACCUUCAUGACGAGCUACUUCUCCGUCGAGAUCCCGCACCUCAUGGACAACUACACGCCCCGGACCUACUGGGUCAGCUUCGCCGUCAUCGCCUCCGUCUCCUUCGUCGCGCUCUUCUUCUUCGGCCGCGUGCUCGAGCUGCUGACCGACGGCUUCGAGGAGAUGGCCGAGCGGGCGCGGCGCUGGCUCGUCGAGCGCAUGUGCUGGCCCGGGUCGCGGGCCCACCGGGAGGCGCGGAGGGCCGAGGCCGAGGAGGAGAGGGAGCUUGAUGGGUGGAAGAUUUAG